CUGGUAAUGUAAAGUGCCCUCUAUGGCUCUAUGUUGUCUUCUAAAAGUCUGGUUAUGAUAGAAAGCUAUCAUUAAGAUAAUAGUAAAUAAAUUCACUCAAAAAAUGUAACAAUUUAUCUGAAGUAUCGCGUUUUUGUAGUAUAUAAAUUGCUUCAAAUGUGACUUACAGAUGUCAUAAAAUUUUACUUUGAAAUUGGUGCACUACUCAAGAAGAUGACUAUUUUCUUUGUAUAAUUUUGUUUAUUAUAAGUACUGAGACAUUCCAAAGUGAAAUGUGACAAGUUGAAAUGAUUCGGUUUAUAAAGUUUUGUUGCGUUAUUUUGCUAUUAUUCUGUAUUCCUCUAAGCAAUGGAGCGGACUACAAAUAUGAAAUUGAUUGCAACAACCUGCGAAUGGGACAGUAUAUUUGUCCUCAUCCUGAUUACGAUUUUAUUGACCCUAAGACUCAACAGCCAAAAGGAUGUACAAAAGAAAACAAGGCCAAAGUGGUUUGUCAAGCAGCUGAUAGACUUAUAUGCAGUGAAACCAAAAACAAUACUUUUAAAAAGGAUAUUCCUUGUAAAUGGACCAAUGGAUACUCUUUUGAAACAUCGCUUUUACUUUCCAUAUUUUUGGGAAUGUUUGGAGCCGAUAGGUUUUAUCUCGGCUAUCCAGCUUUAGGUCUACUUAAAUUGAGUACUUUGGGUUUCUUGUUUUUGGGACAAUUUUGUGAUGUGAUAUUAAUAGCUACACAAAUCGUUGGGCCAGCCGAUGGCUCACACUAUGUAAUGCCUUACUAUGGAGCUGGUGUUACGAUAGUAAAAAGUGAUAACUUUACCUAUAGGGUACCACAGUAUGAUUGGUGAUAAAAACAGUGAUCAUUUCAGGCUAAACUUUUCAUCCUCACCAAAUACGUAUAAUUGUGUUUUUUAUGUAAUAUAUAUUAAAAAGUAUUGACAGCGACAUUGUUUCACAAAAUGGUAAAACUUAAAUUAGAAAUAGUUUGAUGUGGGUCGAGUAAUCGUUUCUCAUGAAACGUCAUGAGCAUUUAUACUUUCAAAUUCACGAUGCCCAGUCGAGUCGAGCAAUGUAUUAUUUUACUUACAUUCGCAACUGUGUAAAAUAUAGCAUAAUUAUUUUCUUUUCUAAAUAUGUAAAUAAAGAAAUAUAUGCAGAAAAGCAUUUGUGACUGAAUAAAUCCACUAUUAUAAGCGAAA